AUGUGUUGGCCCAAAGACGGUAUAUCCCCGCCGGCGCCGCUCGCGGCGAAAGAGACAUCCGCGGAUGAUUUUGCCGAGUUUAUCGACGUGUCGCAGCGAGGGGAUCUAGAUGAGGACUUUAGCGGGAUUCCCAGCUGGUCCGGCAUGUCCGUUGCAACUUGCCACGGCAUGUUUACCACGGCUCUCGUGAGCAGUCUCCAGGUGCCCAACCUCGCGCUCGACGGAGGUGAGGGGGCGGCGGGGGCGGCGCCACGGACUUUCAGCCUCGAGGCGACUUCUCCCUUCUACGCCGGCACAUGUCCCCCAACAGAGCAGCUGCCCGAAUGUUGGCGGCCUACCCCGUCGCAGAUGCUCGUCGCCCACCACCCGUUUAUAGAUUUCCUCCCGUGGCCCGGCGUGCGCGAGCGCAUGCUUGCCGUCAUGAGCCUUCCGCCGGAAGCACGACCGCCAAACGCGUCCAGCCCGCUCGCGCUGGUCGAGUUUGCCUACGAUGUCGAGGACAGCCGUGAGGGCAUGCGGAUAUGGGGUGACGACGUGUACGAUCCGGGGUCUUGGGAAGUUGGGCAGGUGGAGGAGGCUGAGAGGCGCCGCCCCUCUGCGCAUGCAGGCGACGAGCCCGACGAGGUGACCUAUUUCAGGCAGAUGCCAAGCGCCCGGGCAGAGUGGCGCCCCUCCAAGGCAACCGCUCGAUGCGACCCGGCCGCCGUGUCACGGAGGGCCUGA